AUGUUGCACUACGCACCUGCAUCGCCGUCACCCGCCCCCGCUACUGCACAGCCGCAUCAGCCUAGUGUGCCACCGGGGCGGGACGCGGCGUACUAUCAGCCGGGCACAUCCCGACCUGCCCCGCCGCUACGACCGGUCGCUCCACUCCCAGCUGUGCCUCGCCCGUCCGCUCCCAUAUACCAAGGCUACGCUGCUAUGCCAUCUUAUGCUCCGCCGCCCGGUAUGCCGUUUUACUGGCAGGCCGGUCCACCGCAGCACGCACCCCCCCCACAGCAGUCGUACCUUCUGCCAGCCAGCCCGAGUAUGAGUGGCGCGGGUGAAGGCGGCGGGGAAUGGAUGCGCGACGCCAGAGGCGAGGCCGGUGCAGCUGGAGCUACUAGCGAUGCCUUCACCGGUGGGCGUGCAAAGUCCAAGUACGCGGGUGUUACCGGGGGGGGAGAUUCUUGGUUUGCCAAGCUCUUGAUGCCGGCCCCUGAUAACCCCAUUCGCAUGGGGCCUUUCCCGAGCGAGGAAGAGGCAGCCAAGGGAUACAAGGCUGCCGCUGUGGUGGUUCGGCCGCAGGGUUAUCGCAUCCAGCGCAGUAUUGAACUGACCGUGUCGGAGCAGCAGCUGCUGACCGG